AUGGGUUUUUAUACACAGAGUGAUGAAGAAAGUGUUUUAUCAUCAUCAGAUCGUUCACCAACUUCGUCAUUAAUUAGUAAUAAUAAUUUAAUUGAAGAGAAUUUAUUAAAUGAUGAUAUAAAAUCAACUUCAACUUCCAUUUCAACAAAUGGAUCACCAGAAUCUAAAAAUAAAAAAUUACCAUCAACAAGUACUUUAAUUAAAGAUGGUGAUAAUAACAUUUCAAUCAAUAAUAAUAAUAAUAGUAUUAGUAAAAGUCAAAGAAAUGCAAAUAAUGAAAUAUUUUUUGGUGGUGUAAAUAAAACUGUUAAUGAAGAAGAGUUAUUAGAAAUUUUCAAUGAAAAUAGUGAUAAUAAUGUAUUGGAAAUUAGAUUAAUGAAAGAUAAAUUAACUGGUGAGAGUAAAGGAUUUGGUUUCGUUCUUUUUAAUGAUAGAUCAAUGUGUAGAAAUGUUAUUGAUAAAUUAAAUGGUAAAUCGAUUAAAGGUAAAAUCAUUGAAGUUAAACAAUCCGAGAACAAACGUAAACUAUUCAUUGGUAAUUUACCAAAAGAUCUAUCAAAGGAACAAUUCAUUUCAAUAUUUAAUGAAAAAACUGAAGGUAUUGAAUCAAUCGAUUUCUUAAUGUCACCAGACCAACCAAAUAAAAAUAGAGGUUUUGCUUUCAUCGAAUAUCAAGAUCAUUAUUUAGCCGAUACUGCUCGUAGAAUUUUAACAGCUUCAACUGUAAAAUUGGGUGAUUAUAUUACUACUCUCACUGUGAAUUGGUCAGAUCCUGAUCCUACAACUUUAGAUCCUCAAAAUGAUCCAUUGGAAAAUAAAGAAAUUAAAGCAAUUUAUAUUAGAAAUUUACCAUUAAAUCAUAGAAACGACCUAUCAAUUACAAAAAUAAUUAAUGAUAUAAUUCAAGAAAAUUCUUUAUCACUUUUAAAUAAUAAUAACAAUAACAAAGAUGAUAUAAUCGAAAAAAUAAUAAUACCUCAAGGUGCUCCAACAUUAGAAAUUAUUAAUAAUUUAAAUAAUAAUUUAAAUAAUAAUAAUAUUAAUAAUAAUAAUAAUAGUUUAAAUAAUUCAAAAAGAGAUUAUGCUUUUGUUCAUUUAAAAACUAGAGAAUUGGCCGAAGAAAUUUUAAGAAUACAUGAAGAAAAACCAAUAAAUAUAAAUGGUAAGGUUUUGUCAUUAAGUUUUGCAAAACCAAUAGAUAAAAAAUUAAGAUCCGAUAAGAUUCAAAGAAAAUUACAAAGAAUUUCCAAUAAUCAAAAAAAUAAUUUGAAUAAUUUAAAUAAUAGUUUUAAUAAUUUAAAUAAUAUAAAUAAUGGGAAUCUAUUUGGAAGUACAUCUUUUAAUCCUCAUAUUCCCCAACAUUAUAAAAACUCAAGUGUACAUUAUAACCAACUAAAUAAUAAUAAUAAUAAUAAUAAUAAUAAUAAUAAUAAUAAUCAACAACAAAAACAAUUAUUACAACAACAAUUUUUAAAUUAUUUAAAUAAUAAUACCAAUAAUAAUUUUAAUAACUUUAAUGGAAAUUUACCAAUGGAUAAUACAUAUUUACAACUUUUACAGCAACAACAACAACUUCAACCCCAACAAUUAUAUUUUAAUUAUCCGAACUCCUUAAAUAAUGGAAAUUUUCAAAAAAAAAGAUUUACUCCAUACUAA